AAAGAGCAUGGGACCCCGCAAAUGCAUGAUUUAAUUCGGUUGAUGGGUAAGGAUGUUGUUAAUCAAGAAUGCCCCGAUGAUCCUGGGAAACGCAGUAGAUUAUGGAUUUUUGAAGAUGUCGUGGAAAUUCUAUGUGAAGACACGGGAACGAAUGCAAUAAAGGCCAUAGUAUUGGACUUCCCAAAGUCAGAAGACAUAACUAUCAGCCCCGAUGCUUUCACAAACAUGAAAAGAUUGAGAAUGCUCAUUUUGCCCGAAGUGCAUAUCUCUUCACAAGGUCCCGUACGUCUCCCUAACGAGCUAAGAUGGCUUAAAUGGCCCAAUGCGCCAAAUCUAGAAUUUGGCUCUGGUCCUAAGAAGCUUGCACGACUUGAUGUUCACGUAAGUCGUAUCAAACAAUUAGGUGGCCAGCUUAAGAAUUUUAGAAAGUUGAAGUCCAUAAAUUUCGGUGAAUGCAAGUCCCUCGCUAGCGUUCCCGACCUUUCGUAGGCUCCAAAUCCGGAGAGCUUGAAUCUUGAUGGGUGCAAAAGCUUGGUGGAGGUUCAUCAAUCGGUCGGAUAUCUUAACAAGUUAAGGUUUUUCUCGCUGGAAGUGUGCUC